AUGGCUACUGCUACUGCACGUAAAGUCAGAGACGCAGCUAUCCUCAAAGCUGACUCGUCUCGUAAUGAAGAGACAACAGCAUGGUGCAAUCGCGAUUUAGUUCCUCUUCCUCCGUCCAGGAGAACAUGGGGAUGGUUUAACUUUUUUGGUGCACAGUCUCUUGGCGCCUUGAAUGUGGCAACCUGGCAAACGCCCAAUACCUUCCUAACCCAAGGCCUUUCUGUAGGCCAGGCCAUGGCUAUCAUCGUGGUGUCUAGAUUCAUAGUAUCUCUUUUUGCUUGCAUCAUCGCAUGGUGUGGUUUGACUUGGCACAUUGGUUUUACCAUUCAGAAUCGAUUCACUUGGGGAAUGCGAGGCGCAUAUAUUCCCCUGCUUCAGCGUUGUCUAUUGAACUUCAUUUGGAACGCGAUCCAGUGCUGGAAUGGUGGGAAGCUCGUUACUGUUUGUUUAACAGCACUAUGGCCAUCUUUCAAACAGAUUAAGAACACUCUGCCCGACAACGUGCCGACAACAACGUCUGAAAUGGUGGGCUUCACAGUCUUCUGGCUUAUUUCCGUCCCUUUCUUGUUCAUUAGACCAGAGAGAUUCAAAAAGCCAUUCUUCAUCUCCAGCGUCGGCUGUGGUGUUGCGAUGUUGGCUAUGAUGAUAUGGUCUCUGGCUGUCGCAAAGGGAGUCGGUCCGGUCUUCUAUAAAGGUGAAAACGUUUCCUCGACAUCGAGAUGGAGCGUGUCCUGGUUGAUGAUGGCUGGUUUAAACCAAGCGAUUGGCCAGAAAGUUGCAGGAAUGGCUAAUGAGAGCGACUUCUCCCGUUAUUCGAAAGAUCACAUGGCUUUUGUCGUUGGAACCGUCUCUGUUCAAUGGAUUGUUGGCAUUUUUGUUUCGUUGGGCGGUCUUGUUACCACAGCCGCAUGCCAAAUCAUUUACGGGAAGAUCUGGUGGAACCCGCCCGAUCUCAUGAUGGUGAUGAUGGAUGACGGAAAUGGCUCGUCCGGAGCACGCGCUGGAGUGUUCUUUCUCGCCCUUGCUUUCACGUUCGCCAUUCUCUUCCAGAACGUGUGUGGCAAUGCCGUUGCUGGAGGCAUUGAUUUGGCCGGCGUCUUCCCCAGGUACAUCGAUAUUCGCCGCGGCGCCAUCAUCACAUUCCUCGCAACUUGGAUUAUCCAACCAUGGCAGCUCAUCAAUCGGGCUGCCACAUUUGUAACCGUUCUAAGCUCUUUCUCCGUCUUCUUGGCCCCUCUGCUGGGUGUCAUGAUAUGCGAUUACUUCUUCAUCCGCCAUCAAAAGGUCCGUCUCAAUCACCUAUACCACACUGAGAAUUCCGAUUAUUGGUUCACUCAUGGUGUGAACUGGAGAGUUAUCCCUUGUUGGAUAGCUGGCUGGGCGCCUACGAUUGGUGGUCUGAUUGUAACUGUUGGGGGCAUGACUUCCGCACCGGAUGCCCUCUUUCAGUUGUACUACACCGCAUUUUUCACCGGCCUCUCCAUCUCGUUCACGCUUUUCUAUGCUGUCAAUCUGAUGUUUCCCGUUAAGGGGGCCGGGGAGUUUGAUCCAUACGACGACUGGGCAACAUUCACUCUUGGGGAGGCCGCUAAGUUAAACAUUAUUCCCAACGACAAUGCCGAAGAAUUACCCCAUAUCCGCUUGGGGGCCUCUGGAUAUGAUCCAAACUCUCAGCAAAGUCGGCAAGAGCUAGGUUUGAAAUCAUGA